ACUAAUCUGAGCUCCAGUCCAGAAGGCACAAAAAAGCUCCAAAAUUGAAGUAUAAAUCAAGUUAACAUCUAUUGGAGAACUCUGCUUCUGUCAUAGCUUUUACUGAAGAGUCAUAUUCAAAAGAUGAGAAAGAGCUGUGGGAAGCCUUGGAAACUAAUAAACUCACUGAUCAACACAGUGCAACAAACAAGUUCAUGGCAUUUCUACCACCUGGCUAGGAUCCAUUUUGGCCCUCUGAUCUUGUGCCACCAGUUGAGGUGAUUUAUUUCUGGCUCACCAUUGGUGCAUUUAUAGGCAUUGUUGAGAAGGGAUUGCCCCAUCACCAACCAUUGCAGAAACCUGCCACCAUAAACACAGCUGUUAGGAAAGGGAGGACCCCGUUUAAAAAAUGCUGAUAUCAUCUUCAAAGCUUGUAAGAGACUUUUAAAGUGUCAGGAAUGACAGCUUAGUAGCCAGGAAGUUUUUAAGUUUUCCUUUUUGUGUUGUUUGGUAGAACAACCAGAGUAAUGCACACAACAAAUAUCAUGAUUUAAAUUUAACAAUACUUGAGUUUUUUCCUUGUGCCUUCUGGAUUGGACUUGGCUUGACUUACUCUUAGAUUAUCUCUAAAUAAAUUUUCUGUCGAACCCUUUGGUUAAAUGUUGAUUGCAUGAGAGAGACUUUUCCCCACCCAAUAGCAUUUUAAUCCUCAUUGCUGAGUCCACUGGCAUAUAUUAUCUCAUGUGUUCAAUAACCAUUUCAUGGCCAUAAAUACUUCUGCCUGCCUCUACUCCCUUGGGCAUCUCUUCCCUGAAAAAUGAACUUUCAGAGAAUAUGCCUCAUCACAAUAUGGGUCUUAUCAGGCAGUAUAUGGACAGUUUACAUCUAGCAACUUUCUGCAGUCACGCCAAAUCAUGCAGAUUCAGUCGAAACUUGGGGAUGCAUUUUAAUCUACAUAUCAUUGCCCUCUAGCUGUAAGUGCUCUUUAUGCUGCUUUUCCUAUAAAGGAAGUUCAUUUCCUUCUGAAAACCAGUGUAUCUUUGAAGGGUUAUCUGAAACUAUACCUGACAGCAUGUUGGUUUGUUUUAAGAGUAUAAAAAUUGAAGAAUUUUGAAUUGAAAUGUAUUCUAGGGUUCAAUACUUAUAACUGGAGUAUAAACAGACUAACAUUUUUUAGAACUAUUUUGAAAGACAUAUAUGGAGAAUUAAAGAAUUUCAAGUCUUGGAAUUUGUUCAGACUGUCCAUACUGAAUGGGGCUCAUGGCCUUUACACAGAGUAAUCCAUCCAGAUUAUCUACUCCAUGGUUUGGUGAAGGGAAAUGAUUUGAGAGGGAAUCCAUAAAGUUGAUUUGUAGCAGGAAGUAGAAGUGGCUUGCCACACAGAGACAAAGUGCAAUUUCCUCAAAUGGCAAAACUCAUUAGGCAAGCAUGUUCUCCUUUUUGUUAUUCCAAUCUUGCAAAACUUUGUUGUAAGUUAAUGGUGAUUCCCAUGUCUGUCUGCAAAAACAAGAUGUUCCAUAGUAAUGUGGAGCUGAAAGUUCUUUUUCUUCUAACUGGUUGUGUAGCAUCUUUCAGCCGAUUUCCCUCUCCGCUUAUUUUCCUGGAUGUUCUUUCGGACAAUGUAACCGAAGGAGAUUCUCUCAAGAUAGCAUGUAUUGCACCCAGGAAAUAUGUGGAUGCUUGGUUUUUUUUGUUCAAGGAGAACAAAUCUAAGGCACUGAAGAGUUUGCCUGCUGCAGAGUCUCAGCAUACUGUUACCUUCCUUCUGGAGAACGUCACGACUGGUGAUGGGGGCAGGUACAGAUGCCAGUAUGGGCUCUACAAUGGAAGCCAGUUGCAGGAGUCUGAAUUUAGCCACGUCCUAGAGAUUACAGUGAAGGCUCCUGCCUGCCUGACUGCCUGCCUGCCUGACUGCCUGCCUGCCUGCCUGAAUUUAUUUGCUACCUCCUCCCCAUCUGAUCCUCCAAAAUAUGACUCCAAAGGUGCAGCCUCGGUUCUCCCCACUGCCCUUAGUGUCACUGGAGUGCUGCUUUUGGUUCUGAUCCUGUUUGCAGCUGUGGGAACAACUGGAUACCUUAAAAGAAGAAGAAAGAAGAAAAGGGAGCUGAACUCCUGCUGGGCAGAAGCAAGCUAUCCCACCACAGAGACAUCCUUUGACAGCACUAUGUUCACCGUUUCAGAGCAGGUGGUCUUAAAGUGAUCUUCUGAGAGGAAAAUGAAAUCUGCAGCCAUUUCCAUCUAUGCAUCUGAUUGGAGAGAAACCUGACUUAUUGGGCAAGCUUCUGUGGUCCAGAUAGGUUCUUUGCUUGAACAUUUAAAAGCUAAUCUAUUUGCUGUCUUCCACUGACAGCAUAAGAAGCAAUGUUUUAUUGUCAGUAAUACUGUAACGCAGUUCAAUUGAUGUUCCUGCUUCUUCUUCCAUGUCCUCUGAAGACUAAAGAUAGAACUCAUUUUUUUUUUUGCGUUUGUUCUGUGAAUUGCGGCUGUGUUUCACUAUCCCUAGGCUCUCAGUGUCCCUGACAAUUAUGGGAUAUAUCCCUCCUUCCACUUUCAUGCCCUGUUGUGACAGGCAGUGUCAACUGCAGCUAUGGUGACCCUCUGAGAAUUUCAGUUCUUGAAACAUCUGACCAUAAUGUGUGUGACAGGACAGAGGGGUAGGAAAUGACAAAAUCUGCAUUAUAGUACAAACCACAUGACUUACAUACUUGUGUUCAACAUCAGGAUGCAAGCAUGAAAGGCCAGAGGUUAUGUUGGGGGUUAAGUUGUGACUUCAGCUUCUAGAUGUAAUCCAAGGUUCUGGCUGUCACCUUUGAAGCCCUGUGUGGCUCCAGAUCUGAAGGGCUGCCUUCUCCUGUAUUCAUUUGCCCAUCCAAUCAGAUCAAAUAAAGUCAACUCCCUCAGGUCCCAUCCCUCCAGGAUUGUUACCUGAUGGGGCCCUGGCAGCGGUUGCUCUCGGAGGCAGUCCCCACUCUUUGGAACUCCCACGGGGCAAAUUCUACCUACCUCAUACCUCCUAGACUUCACAGAAACUCUGAAAAACUUCCUGUUCCAUCUUGCAGUGGAGGACAUGCAUAUGGGGGGUUCUUGGGGUAUUUUAUAUGUAUAUAUCGUUCACUGCCUAGGGUCUGUGGAAAUGGGCAGCAUGCAAGCAAUGUAAAUGAAUAAACUAUGCAAG